UAUGUAUAGAUAGUGAAAUUUUUGUUUGUAAAUCCAUAGUGAACCUCAAUCAACUACAUUAAGUUUGUUCGACUGGCCGGAGCUUCCGCUCGGUUCCUUCCCCAUACGGUGCCUUGUAGAUUUUAUUAUAACAAUUAGGGUUAGGAUCAGAAUUAGGUAUAAGCUUUGAAGAAAUUCGUUGUCUUUCUUCUUCUCCACCAAUGGCUACCGAAGUUCUGCCCUUGUCUGAAACGGUCUGCAUAAACGACGCAUUGACUGACGACGAGCUCCGUUCGGUGCUGGCCAAGCUAGAGAGCGAUCAGGAUAAGGAGCUCUUUGGAUUGGUCUGCAAAAGAUGGCUCCGCUUGCAGAGCACCGAGAGGAAGAAGCUAUUCGCACGUGCUGGGCCGCACAUGCUUGAGAGAAUGGCAGCCAGGUUCUCUCGACUUCUAGAAUUGGAUCUCUCCCAGUCCGUUUCUCGGUCCUUCUAUCCUGGCGUCACCGAUUCUGAUCUCUCUGUUAUUGCCGAUGGGUUUAAAUGCUUGAAAGUUCUCAAUUUGCAGAAUUGUAAAGGAAUUACAGAUAAAGGAAUAGUGGCAAUUGGAAAUGGCCUUUCUUCACUACAGUCCUUGGAUAUAUCAUAUUGCAGAAAGUUGACUGAUAAAGGAUUGGUAGCUGUGGCUAGUGGUUGUCCUAAACUACACAGCCUUCAUCUGGCUGGCUGCAGACUUGUUACUGACAAAGUUUUACAAGCCCUUUCCAAGAAUUGCCCCAAUAUAGAGGAAUUGUGGCUCCAAGGAUGUUCUAAUAUAACUGAUUCAGGACUUUCAGACCUUGUCAGGGGGUGUCGUGGGAUCAAGUUUCUAGACAUCAAUAAAUGCAGCAAUGUAGGAGAUAUUGGGGUUUCCAGUGUUUCAGAGGCAUGUGCAACUUCUUUAAAGACACUCAAGUUGUUGGAUUGCUACAAAAUUGGGAAUCCAUCAAUAUUAUCUCUGGCCAGAUUCUGCAAAAAUCUUGAAACUCUAAUAAUUGGUGGCUGUCGUGACAUUACUGAUGAAUCAAUACAAUUACUAGCCACUGCUUGUGAAUUUACCCUCAAGAACUUGCGGAUGGACUGGUGUUUGAACAUUUCAAAUUCUUCAUUAAGCUGUAUCCUCACCAAGUGCAGAAACCUUGAGGCCCUCGACAUUGGUUGCUGCGAGGAGGUAUCAGAUGCUGCCUUCGAGUGCUUAACAAGUAGACAAUCAGCGCUGACUUUGAAGGUGUUGAAGGUUAAUAAUUGCCCUAAGAUCACAGAGGCCGGUAUAGGCCGGCUUCUAGACAAAUGCAACUCUUUGGAGUACCUGGAUGUGAGGUCAUGCCCACAUAUUACAGAGUCAGGUUUGCAAUUUCCCGAUUACUGUAGAGUGAACUUUACUGGAAAUUUGUCAGAGCCCGACGUGUUACUUUGAAGAUCUGAGAUCCUUUUAUUUACAUUAAAAAAACAAGCUUUGUCCAUGUGUUUAAAUUUCUCAAAACAUGUUUGUAAAUUUAUGUAAAUUGUCUUUCUAUUGCUGUUUUCCCUUGCCUGGUUCCUUAUAUUAGACAGUCUUGUAAUUUUAUUUUUGCUCGUCUUGAUAUGAAUGAAGUAAAAGGAAUAAUUAUUCGUUCAA